AUGGGCUUUGACUAUAAUUGCGCGGUCUUCUACGACACGGAGGAGUGCUUGCGGCGCCCCUUGGAAGAGGUCGAGGGAACUGCCGUGGCCCAGCGCUGCAAUCUCGGCAGCGCUGGCGAUCUUCUGCAAUGCGACCAUCGUCUCUGGCCCAAGCUAGAUGGCUUGGUAAGUGGGCCGCCAUGCCCACCGUGGAGCAGCAUCGGGGCUCGCCGAGGCAGCAGUGACGAAAGGCAUGCCGUUUUCGAGAAAGUUCACGAGAUCAUCGUGUUCCAAGGCAGCUUGGGCAUGGCCUUCUUCAUCACAGAGAUGGUUCUUGGCCAUGACCAUACUCAGCGCGGGGAAGAGCUGAGCGCUUACAAGACUUGGUUGUUUCGCAUGGCGCGGGAUGCUCCAAUGUAUCUCCUUUCAAGCUUCAUUUUGCCGACGCAGGAUUAUCUGCCGCAGCAUCGUGAACGAAUCUACACGCUUGGCAUACACAAGCAGCACACAGCGUUGCCAGUUCCAAUGUCGCCAGCCAUGCCCGGCAUGCGCCAGUCUUGGGCGAGGGUGCUGCAUCCCGGCAUGCCAACGCACAGGGAGCGCUCUCUCACAUUGCAACAGCAACUCAACUUGGAACUCGCUCUGCAUCGCAUUCGCAGAAAGGGUGCUUGGACAAACCCUGUCUGCGUUGCCGCAGACCGGGACCCGCUCAAGAAAUUCGGCACCGCACGCCAAGACGGACUCUGCUGCACCCUGCGAACCGGUAAUGAGCUCUGCUGGCUCGCUUGGUUGCACCCAGCCCCAUGGCUAGGUUUUCAUGUUGGCCUGCGCGCGCGCUGGAGCGCGGACUCUUGCUUCGCGGUUUGGGCAGCUGAGGACGGUUCCACAUCCUUCUCAAGAGCACUGCAUCCUUUGGAGCGCCUGUCGCUGCAAGGUUUCCCUUGCGAUCCUUAUGCCCGGCACUUAACCAAGAAGGAAAUCCUCGUGGCCACGGGCAACGCAAUGUCUGUACCGUGCGUUGGGGCUGCUCUUGAAGCAGUUUUGGUGCACCUUGCGAGCAGCGUAGGCUGGAAUGCAUUUCUUGGCUCCGCUCAUUUCGCAGCUGGGCAGAGUCGGCGCGAGCAUCUCGACUGCCCAGUUCCGCGGUUCCGCGGGUGUUUUUUUGCACUCCCCUUAGGACUCCCCUUGCAGCAUUUUCCAUUAAGAAAGCUGCUCUCGCCCAGGAAGGCGGACUUCUUAGACCGCCUCCGCUACGAAAUUGGGCUGGCCGAGGGCAGAAGAGCGCAGCACGAGGAGAAGUUGCUGGCUUUGCAGCAGCAGGGGUGA